GCCUGCGCACUACCCUGUGGGGCCGCGGAGGGAGGGGACGGAGAACCGGUCGGAGGCGGAGUCAGGACGCCAGCGCUUGGGCCCCGCGCUGGACCCGCGGAAGGGUUUCCUCCCAGGCUCGCAAACCCUUCAAUAUGUCGUGCGAGUCGUCUAUGGUUUUGGGGUACUGGGAUGUUCGUGGGCUGGCGCACGCCAUCCGCCUGCUCCUGGAGUUCACGGAUACCUCCUAUAAGGAGAAACGAUACACGUGUGGGGAAGCUCCUGACUAUGAUCGAAGCCAAUGGCUGGAUGUGAAAUUCAAGCUGGACCUGGACUUUCCUAAUCUUCCCUACCUCAUGGAUGGGAAGAACAAGAUCACCCAGAGCAAUGCCAUCUUGCGCUACAUCGCUCGCAAGCACAACAUGUGUGGUGAGACUGAGGAAGAAAAGAUUCGAGUGGACAUCGUAGAGAACCAAGUAAUGGAUUUCCGCAUACAACUGAUAAGGCUCUGUUACAGCUCUGAGCACGAAAAACUGAAGCCUCAGUACUUGGAAGAGCUACCUGGACAACUGAAACAAUUCUCCAUGUUUCUGGGGAAAUUCUCAUGGUUUGCAGGGGAAAAGCUCACCUUUGUGGAUUUUCUCACCUAUGAUAUCUUGGAUCAGAACCGUAUAUUUGAGCCCAGGUGCCUGGAUGAGUUCCCAAACCUGAAGGCUUUUAUGUGCCGUUUUGAGGCUUUGGAGAAAAUCGCUGCCUAUAUACAGUCUGAUCAGUUCUUCAAGAUGCCCAUCAACAACAAGAUGGCCCAGUGGGGCAACAAGCCUGUAUGCUGAGCAGGAGGUAGACUUGGAGAGCUUGUUUUGUUUCAUCCUGUCCCUAAGGGGUCAGCACUUUUUCUUUGCUCUUUUCAAUAAAUAGCAUUUAGGUUA